AUGCACGCCCUGGGAGUACUGUACGUUGUCGUGUGUGUCAGCGGGUUGGUUGGUAACAGCAUUGUUGUAGCAGUGUAUGCAAGAAAGCCAGUCAAAAGAUCGUCCCAUGUUUUUAUCUUAGGACUUGGUGUCAUCGAUUUAUUUGUCUGCUCUGUCAUCAUGCCGUAUGGAAUUAUUGCUGUUCUUUACCCAGUUAUUCUCACAACAGAGCUGUGUAAGAUGUUUUCCUGGUUGUGGCAUAUCGGCGUCGCGUCAUCGGCGAUGAUCACGGCCGUCAUUGCGGUAGAUCGCUACCUGUCUGUGUGUAGACCUUUCUUCUGUCAGAUAACUCCAUUUCACGCGAGAAUUAUUAUCAUUGUUGUCAUAAUUAUAGGUAGUGCUGUGUCUUCACCGGUAGUUUUAUAUUUCGGGGUUGACAACGCAUCUAUAAAUGGCACGGAUGUUAUCACCAAGGAGUGCAAACCCAUUGACCAAAACCGUUAUGAAGGGGUGAAUAUUGCCACAUUUGUAUUUUUUGCAAACGUGAUAUUGAUUGCUGGUGUUGCCUAUGUAAACGUUUCCAUCGCGCUAUGCAGGAGGGCAAGGCAAAACACGGUAAACGUGUCCACUAUAUCAAGAAAGGCAGAUGCUCAGCGUGAAAUAAAGCAACAACGUCGAUUUGUUGUGGGUAGUGGGGAUACAUCUGAAGAAAUCCUUGACUGGAGAGGCCGGGUGUCUCCAAUAGCCAGGUAUACCCACCCAAACAACGCCCACUGUAAUUUGAGAGGCAAUCAUAUUGGAGACAUCGAACUCCACGAAAAACCUGAAACUUCUUCCCAGAAUAGCUGCUUUGGUUGUUGUCACCGGAGUAACAGAAUUAAUUCCAUUGAUGUUUGCCAUCAAAGAAACACAUCUGUUCCGCAUGAAGUAGAGACAAAAUUUAUUUCAAAGAGGAACAAGACUGCCCACAUGUUGAUGAUGGUUACACUAAUUUUUGUACUGACUUGGUUUCCAUACUGGACAUUUCUAUUUCUGCCUGCUACGUUUUGGACUGGACUCCCCCAGAAAGAAAGGGACAUUUACACUUUUUUGAAAUAUUUGUAUGUCAUAAAUAAUGCCGUUAACCCUCUUGUCUACGGUUUUAUGAAUAGCAGCUUCCGACGAGACUCGGUUGCAUUGGUGAAGCGCAUUUUGUGUCACGAGUGA